ACAAACAGGUUGAACAGCAGUCUUUAAUUUUUAUAAAGCACUUGCCAUCUACUUUUCAAAGUCUUGCAGACGAAGCAUUCGCAAGUUGUACAUUCCGCUAUAGGAGCUUGUACCUGCGGAGGGGUGUUUGCCGUUACGAAUCGUUUCGUGGAAUUACAAGGUUGUUUCCUGAUUUAACAUGUACGAUACGUGACGCCACCCAAACAGCCCUUCUAAUGGGCACUACUUUGGUGGUUCGUCGUCAUUAUUGUUUCUUGCCGUGGAAGAGUCAUCGGAGGCGGUGUGUUAGUUCUGGAUUUCUUAUUGAUACUGAUUGUGUCGCCGUUUCCAUGGAGUAUGCGCAAUUCGUGUGAUUCAACCGCUGCUUGAGGUAUGGAUUCUGAUCAUGAGUUUCCCCCGAUGUUUCGUGCUAGAGAAUCGGAUGAAAAUGGAGGCCCGAAGAUAUCGGUCUCUGGCGGCCUGAAUAGUUUGCAACACUUGGUGGUGGAUAUCGAACCUUUUUCUCAUCUUUCAGUGGACGAAACGGAUGCGAAUUCGAGAACUGAUUUGCAGAGACACCUUUCGGGAAGAAGCGGCGGGAAGAGAAUCAGUCCAACGUCGCCAUCCGCUAUUAUAUGUGAAGGUAGUGUCCCUGAAAUCCCAAUGGUUGCAGCCAUCCCCCAUGUCCAUCACCAAAUCACUGUCAAGAAUGAUUCAUUGUCAGAAAGCAAAUGCAGAGGCAAAAGAUCUAGGUUCCGUCGUUCUUCCUCUACUUUGUUGUUUGUUAAUCCCAGAAGGAUACUUAUCCUCUUUGCUACUUUGUCAUGCCUGGGAACAAUGUUGCUGAUCUAUUUCACACUGUCCGUUGGAAAGCUUAACACAGACGACAUGGAUCUAAAUUGACAAAUUACAUGAAACUUGGAAGGUGCAUGGAGGGGCACGUAGGCAGCAGCAUGAGUGGGGAUGUCUGGGAAGUAGGCACAGAGAGAACAGAAUCCUUUUGGCAUUGUCUCAUUCUGUAAGAACACACACACAUUUGAA